UCCGCGGCGAUUGGCGGGCGUUGGUGUCUCUGCGCUCUUCAGCGGCCUAGCACGCGCGGUCCCUCGGGGUCGCCUGCCCCGCGACCCCUGCCCCCAUCCCUUCUCGUCAGCCUGGCUGUGAGGCCAUGGCGUGGCAGCGGCGGCCCAAAGCCGGCGUCGGGGCUCACGGCGCGCUGGCGCUGCUAGCCCUGGCCCUGUGCACGCCCGGGGCCCGGGGCCGGGCGCUCGAGUGGUACUCGGCCGUGGUGGGCACCGAGUACGUGGCCCCGAAGACGAACCUGACGGUGUGGAGCGUCUCGGAGAGCGGCCGCUUCGGCGACAGCUCGCCCAAGGAGGGUGUGCAGGGCCUGGUCGGGGUCCCCCGCGCGCCCGACGGAGACCCCGAGGGCUGCGCGCCCGACACGAGCUUCGUAGUGCCCGGCUGCCGGGGGUCCGCGCCCUGGGUCGCCCUGGUGGCGCGCGGGGGCUGCACCUUCAAGGACAAGGUGUUGGUGGCGGCGCGGAAGAACGCCUCGGCUGUGGUCCUCUACAACGAGGAGCGCUACGGGAACCUCACGGCGUCCAUGUCGCACGCGGGAACAGGAAAUAUAGUGGUCAUUAUGGUUAGUUACCCAAAAGGAAGAGAAAUUUGGGAGCUGGUGCAAAAGGGAAUUCCAGUAAAGAUGACCAUAGGGAUUGGCACUCGUCAUGUACAGGAGUUCAUCAGCGGUCAGUCUGUGGUGUUUGUGGCCAUUGCCUUCAUCACCAUGAUGAUUAUCUCAUUAGCUUGGCUAAUAUUUUACUAUAUACAGCGUUUCCUAUAUGCUGGCUCACAGUUUGGAAUUCAGAGCCAUAGAAAAGAAACUAAGAAAGUUAUCGGCCAGCUUCCACUUCAUACUGUAAAGCAUGGAGAAAAGGUAAUAUUUUCGCAUAUUUUUCAUAGAAUAUGCAUUGACCCAUGGCUUUUGGAUCACCGAACGUGUCCAAUGUGUAAACUUGAUGUCAUCAAAGCCCUGAGAUAUUGGGGAGAGCCAGAGGACGUGCAGGAGACACCUGCUCCAGAAUCUCGCCCCGGCAGAGUUCUGGCUGCAAAUUUGAGUCUGACUGUAUCAGAUGAUGACAGAAGUGAUGGGGGCAGUCCGCCAUCGGCUCCCCCUGCUGAAUCUGAGCCACCCUGUGAUGCCAGCUUUAAAGGAGAUGCAGGUGAAAACACAGCACUACUAGAAGCCGGCAGGAGCGCCCCUCAGCAUGGAAGACCUGUCUUCGAACGCACUUGCUCACUGAAGUGUCCCUGACAGAACUUUGGCUUGAACUAAAGGACUUUAUUUUUUUACUUUUUCUUUUCUUUUUUUUUUUUACUUUAGCACAGUUUGUAUAUUUGAAAAUAAUGUACAUUAUUUUACCUUUCAGAUUCUGGUUUGAUAUACAGAGGGCUAAGAUAUUUUAUUCUUUUAGAGACUUUUUGAUUUGUCUUCAUAUAUUUAUCUACUAAAAUAUAGUAUUUACAAUAAACAAUGUUGUUUCAGACCGUUCUAAAGACAGCUAGGGAAGGCACUCUAAUGUAAAGGACGGGUGGUGGUUCUAAAUACUAGACUAGCUACUGCGGUACUGUGAAAACAAGAUUAAUUCUACUUCUCAAGGUUUUUAGACUAAGCACACCAGUUUUAAAGUAGUUGAAGUGGAGUUGUGUAAUUUGGUUCAAUAAUUGAUCACAUGGGCUUUCCCUGGAGGAAGGACAUUUUUAGAACUUAAAACUUAUAACUAAAAUAAGAAAUCUGCAGCUUUCUUGCACAUUUCUAACGUAUAUAGAGAUUUCAAAACCUGAGAACCCUUUUUCUUUGUUGUUUGGGAUUGUGAGAAAAGCACUAGAUGACUUCAGGAUUUACAUUUUUCCCUUUAUUACCUAAUUUCUGUGACACCUUAAUGGGGAGGGAAAUUUGUCCAUUUUUUCCUACAAAUAAAAAAAUUAAGAUUCUGUGUUGCACAUGAGCAUUAAGUUCUUCAUUGCCUUGUUAAAGGAAACUGAUUAGGCAUCCUGUGAUUUUUUUUUUAAUCAUGAAUAUAUUUUAUUGGUUCCAAUUGCAAUUUGAUCUUUAUGAUUUAAAGAGUAAUAAAUGGAGAAUUUUGAUUUUUGUUGUUAGCACAGAAUAAUCAGUUUUCUUGAUUAGUUUUUAAGCAAAAAAAAAAUUUUUUUUUUUUUUUUU